UCGGCAUCACAGACCUACAACACAGACAGUGUCCGUAGUCACCACGUCACCGAGCUUCAGGAACUUCAGAUCCAUUUCUCUGGACCUCUUCCUGGGUUGACCAGGACUUUAAACACACAGGGAGUUAUGUGGAGGAUUUUCCUGAUGGUCAGUCUGCUCUGCUGGAGCACUGACGGACAAGUGACCUGCAGAGACAACAACAACGGAGAAGUGGACUGGUACAUCAUCUACAAGGCACCCCAACUGAAUAACAUCGGAACCACAGGUUUGGAAUAUCUUUACAUUGAUUCAGCUGGGAAGAAGAAGGAGACCUUGACUACAGAUCCUACCUAUAAGCCCAUCAACCAUCCUAACGGUGUCCUGGCAAACACCCUGCGGCCCAUUUUUACCACAUCAUUGCCAGACAACUUUGGAUUCAUCUCCUACAGCGAUCAACCUCCAGGAUGUGAUGCUAUUGAUAAGUUUGGCCACAGUAAAGGAGUUGUGAUGAUGGAAAAAGACAAGACAGGAGUCUGGCUCUUACACAGCACACCACGAUUCCCUUUCCUAAGAGAUCAAAAGAAGUUCUACCCAUCCAGCGGAGCAGCAAAAGCUCAGACAUUUAUCUGUGUAACAUUCAAGUACGACCAGUUCAACAAGAUAGGUGAACAUCUGCUGGACAUCAAUGCUUUCACAUUUGAUGAUCAUAUUCCAGAAGGCUUCUAUAAAGAGCUCAAAGAUCUUAGGAGGACUGGAAAUAACAUCAGGGACCCAAGAGUAAAUCAAGUCAAAAUCCAGGACUUGAAAUCAGCAGGAUUACCAUCAACAGGAUUACCAUCAGCCGGAAGAACAUCAUUUGAAAGCAUUGCUAAAAAACAGUAUAAAGCUGGAGAAGAAGCUGAAGACGAUGAAUGUGAUGAUGGUAACUAA